UAACUCGAAUGGCGCAAGAAAUGAGACACGUUCACACGAUGCUGUCAAAUCGUCCGGAAAUUCUCGUUUCACGUCUUAUCGCUCGAUCUCCACGCUUGUUGGUGUGCUCGAGUUUCUCUGAUUUUUGUAACUCUUUACUUUGCUAAUGGAUUGCGCUCUCGAGAAUGUUCUCGCAGAGACCAUGUUAUUUCUCUCAACUAUCGAGAUCCCAUCCGAUUUUGAAGCUCGUUGACAUUUACGACCGCCAGUCGUUUAUACGAGCAUAUGUUUUGGAUAACUUUUACGUCUGCAUUCUGAUGUACAUUUUGUUCUACGUAACGCUAUGGUAUGCUAAUAACAUAAUAAAACGAAUUGAAAAAUCAAAUCGAGAAAUGUCAACGACCGUUGCAGAGAACAAGACGAAAUUAGACAGAUUGGUUUUGUUAAGAAACAAGAAAGCGGAAUUCGAGAAAGUAAUCGUAAAAACGACAGAUGCGCAAAAGGUGACAACAAAACAUUUAGAAGAUGAAAUCCACAGACUUAGCACAGAAUUAAUCACGACAACCAAUAAAAUCACCGGAUUGGAAAAAGUCGUUGAAAAAAUGGUUUUUAGUACAAAUACCCAGGCAAAUUACUUAGCUCAGCCGGCGUUAUCGAAGGUGAAUGUCCAAAAGAAUUCGAAGGAGCCACGAGCCCGUUCGAGAUGUUCAAGAUUCUCGAACCGUCAUUUCCACCGUCUGUACCACCGGAACCUCCGCCUCGGAAGUACGGGAUCUUUGUCAGUAGACCGCCUGGGCAGCGCAGAACGUCGUCUGCAGUUGCACCUGCAACUCCACCGCCAAAGAUCGGAUUCAAGUAACAGCGCUUCUGCAGAAGCAUCCUCCGAAUCUGUUAAUCAACAUCCUACCAAUAAAAUUCUUUCGCGAUACAAUUAUCAUGACGGCGAUCGAAAAAGGCAUCCUAAGUGGCUGUCCACGAAGACGCGUUUGCAACGAUCUUCAUGUUAUAACAUGCGUAAGAUUCAUAUGGAUUCCUUAAAAAAUGUCACACCUUUCACGAAAUCAUUAUUAGGAUUGGCUACUAUCUUUCUCCAUGGACAUCCGUAAAUAAAAUAUUCGCACGACUUCAAUGACUCAAAGAUAAAUUUCGCAAUUUUUCUCGACAUUUUUUAUUUUUGCUUUUAAAC